AUGAGACAUUAAAAUUGUGCGUUUGUCGAGACUCUUCUCACUACUAUGACUAAACCUAAAAAGCCUGCUUAUUUAACCCAUCCACAUAAAAUUGUGAUAUUUUAGAAUCAUUUCUUCCUUCUUGUAAGAAAUGUUUAAGUGGAUUUUAAAAUAAACAAGGGCGUUGCUUAUACUGCGGGAGUGGAAAAUAUACCGAUGAUAAUACAAAUUAAUGCUCUUAAAAUUGUCAGGAUUAUUGUUUUUUAUGCUCAAAUUAAUAAGAAUGUAAGUAAUUUGAUGAUUAAUUUCCAUGUCACUUUAGCUGUUAAUUGUGUUCGAAGCCUAAUUCAUCAAAAAGCUGCAGCCUGUGUAGCUCAAUAACUAGAGAAUUUAAUUAUACAGAUAGUACUUGCAACUGUAAAUAUGGGUAUGAGGAAGUCAAUAAAACUGACUGUACUGAGAUUUAAUAGUCUUAUAGCUAGUAGUUUUUAACAUUUAAGAAAGCUAUUGAAAACAUUUCUUAUUACAUGCAAUUAAUUUAAGUUUUGA